UCAGACCAAAUGGUGUUGGACGAAGCUCCAGACAAGGCUGGCCCUACAAACGGGGCAAAUAGCGUAUCGGUUGAGCCCAAAGUAGAGCCAACAGUGAAUUCAGAAGCAUCAAACGUUUUUAAAAAUACCAAAAACGAUGCAAACGCAGAACAAUCAGUGCAAAAGACAAAUGAGCAAUCACCGCCACAGGUGGAUCAAGAACUGAAGCAGAGUACUUCAAUACGGACAGGACCAGAGAAUGAUAAUUCAGUAGUCAAGAAACCAUCCAUUGAUAUUAUUAAUGUGGACACUGUGGAAAAGGAUACGCCAAUCCGUACCGUAUCAGAGACAGAUAAUUCAGUCAAGGAAUCAUCAGCAUCCCAAGAUAUAAACAAGGACGCACCUCUGCAGACAAUAGCGGAGAAAGCGGUUGAGACUUCAGUGGAUAGCCAUAUCCAGAAUGAUGCUGCUCCAGCAGUACAGCCACCUUCCGACACACCAGGCACUGCUCCAAUGAAGAAGUCCGCCGAAGAGACCCCCAUUGACAAUGCGACAAAGGAUACGCCGAAUAUUCAGACAACAACAGUACAGCCACCAGCCGACACACCAGGUGCUACUCCAAUGAAGAAGUCCGCCGAAGAGACUCCAAUUGACAAUGCGACAAAAGAUACCCCGAGUAUUCAGACAACAUCAGCACAGCCACCAUCCGACACACCAGGCACUGCUCCAAUGAAGCAGUCCGCCGAAGAGACUCCAAUUGACAAUGCGACAAAGGAUACGCCGAAUAUUCAGACAGCAACAGUACAGCUACCAUCCGACACACCAGGCACUGCUCCAAUGAAGCAGUCCGCCGAAGAGACUCCAAUUGACAUUGCGACAAAGAGUACGCCGAGUAUUCAGGCAAAAUCGUCAGGGGCAGAUACUGCAGUUAUUAAGGAAUCUCAGGAUGUACAAGUCGACAGUGAAAAUAAGGAUGACACUCCAAUGGAAGCAGCAGGCUCUGAGGGAGAUACUUCACUUAAGGAACCUCAGGUGACUCUGGCCGACGACGAGAAAAAAGAUGCACCGAUGCAGACGGCAGCAGAAUUAGAGGCGCCAGAUAAUUCAGUCAAGGAAGAAUCUGCAUCUGGCAAUAAUACCGAGGUUAAUAAUGUGAAAAAUGUCACUGCGAUGCCAAAUUCUCCACCAGGGACAGAACAUUCAGUCAAGGAAGAAUCAUCAUUACAAACUGCAAAGU